AUGUUCGCGGGCGAGGCCGAGCAGAUCCCGGGCCCCGCGGGGGGCUCAGGGCCGAGCGGGGGGUGGGGGUACAGGUCGCCGCGCGCCGGGGCUCUGCGGCCUCCACCUGGGCGUGGGGGCGCGGGGGACCCCUGGAUGCGGCUGGAGCAUGUAGGGGCGCCUCCGCGGCCGGGGCGGAAGCGGGGGCGGGAGAGGAGCGGACCCCGCGGGGGCGCUGGGAAGAGCACAGUGUCAGGGUGCCGCGUGCCCGGGCCCCCGGGACCCCCGCGGCCCCAGGACCCUCCGCCCGCGUGCCCGGACCCGGUAGCUCCCACCCCGCGGCCCCAGGACCCUCCGACCGCGUGCCCGGGGCGCCCGGAGCCCGCCGUGGCCCCAGGACCCUACGCCCGCCUGCCUGGGCCCCCGGAGCGCCCCCCGUGGCCCCAGGGCCCCCCCUCCCGCGUUCCCGGGCCCUGGAGCCCCAGCCUGCGUGCUCGGUCCCCGGAGCCCCCCCCACCUCCCCAGGAACCCCGCCCGCGUGCUCGGCCCCGGAGCCCCCCAUCCCCCUCGCGGCCCCAGGACCCUCCACCCGCCUGCCGGGGCCUCCGGAGCGCGGCCCCACGCCAGGGACGCCCACGACGCCCGCGGAAGAGCCGCUCAGACCUGGCCCCCGACUCGGAGCUGCGGGGGACGGUGUGCCUGGCGGGGGGCCGCGGACGGACUUGGCCCGGUUCAGAGCAGGUCUGGGGUGAGCGUCCCCCAAGCUCUGCUCUGCGGGGGGGACGACCCUGGAGGCGCCGCGGCCCCCAGAAGGCGGACGCGGCCCCGGAGCGACCCGAGGACACCUGGGGGGAGGGCGAGCUGCCGGCGGGGACCCCGCCCGGGACCCCGAGCUGCAGACGCAGUGGGGGAGCAGGAGCCCGACGCCCCCACCCGGACCCCCAGCCCCCCGGCGCACAGGGGCAGCCCACGGAGGGCGGGGCUCACGGCCACACCAGCGGCUUGGGACGGGUUGGGGGGCGCCUUCGCGUGGCGCCGGGGCAGGGGGAGCGAGGGGCCCCUCUGAGCCCCCGAGAGGAGAGUCGGGGUGUCCGAAGCGUCCUGGGGGGGUUCUCCGCAGCAGGCGGGAGAGUCUCAAAGAGCCGCUCGGACCAGCCGAGGCGGGCGCUGAGCCGGGAGCCCUGCCCGCGGGACGAGCCACGGGGCUCCCAGAGCAGCUGCGCUCCUCGCGGCCCCCGUGGGGGAGGCCCGCGGGCAGGAGGGCGAGGGCGGAGGAGCCGGGGCCUGCGGGGGCGCCCGGAGCGGCCCGCGGGAGCUGGUCUCAGGGUCUGGCGCAGGGUCCCCGGCAGCGGGGCACGCGGCCUGGAGUGGCGGGGACGGCGGUGA